AUGGCACCUGAAAAUGGUCUCACAAGGUUUUCAUCAACCUCCAUUGUGUUGAUCAUCUUGAUCUUGGUUUGGAUGCCAUUAGUCCAUUCUUCUCGUUCCUGUUUACGAUGUCAUGCAACAGUAGCAGCUGGAGAUAAAGCCAGAAAUGCAGCAGAGGAUCAUCAAACUACUUAUCUGGUCAAAGUAAUGGGGAACGGAGCUGCUUCAGGCUCAGUUGCAGAUGAGGAAUCAGAGAGACAACUCAGACAAGUGCCAUCUGGACCAGACCCUCUUCAUCACAACAACACCCCAACUACAAGACCAUGA